UAGCAUCACUGCCUCAGCUCCACCUCAGAUCAUCAGACAUUAGAUUCUCAUAAGAGCACCGGUCUCUGGUGCCAAAAAGAUUAGGGACCACUGAUCUAGAAGAUAAUUGAAAAAUCCAAGUAAAUAUUUCAUGUCUCUGGCUACAUAUUAAUCACUUGUUGGAGAUCAGAAAACCAAAGAACAGAGAAUAACCGAGAAUUUCCUUACAAAAAAUGCUGUCCCUCAGUAACUCCUUUUUUAAACCAUGAAUUAAUAACCAAAUGCUUUUCUCUAAGGUAGUGAUUAGAUCAAAUUAAGAAGCAGGCAGUUCUCCAAACUACCCACCUAAGAGUUCUCCGAACUCUUAUUUAUACUAGACACCUCAUGGAAAAUAAUAAGAGGCUGGGUAUACUCUUUACAUUAUACUUUAGCAUCCCACUUGAACAGAUGUAACCACAAAUAAUUACUGAAAUAUCUGGUGUUAGAGUUAGUGGGGUGUAAAUUAUUGACCAAGCCAUUUAUGAUUAGUAAAGCAUGAAGCAUAAGUUGUUCAACAGCUUUUUAAUAAAAGCUUCUGUAGAACUUGACAAUUAGUUAAAAUGUUAGAGCAAGAUACAUGAGAUUCAAAGGCAGAAUUUCAAACUGCUAAGGAUAACAUCAUGUAGUUUGCACAAGGGAACAUAGUUAAGCAUCUGAGAGGCUAGUUCAAGACAAAUUCCAUCUGUAGAGAAUAAGUGCCUGCCUAAAUCUUUAACAUGUAAGUGUAAAGACUACUAGAUUCUAAGGGUUUAAAGAUUUCUUGUCAAGACAAUGAAAUCUCAGCUUCUUUAUUGACAUUUCUCAUAUACUUUAUGGUUAAAUUUUUGCAUAAUUUAAGUGAGCUGUGCUGUUAUGUCUCACUUUAUUUAUGGAGAACCAGUUCUAGUCAUUGAGUAGUUAAGGAAAUUUUGUAUUAGAAAUUUUGUAUAAGAAAGACAGGUCUUGAAAAGUGUCUUUUCUCUUAAGAAAAGAACAUUGUUCAAAUAGCUGACAUUACUUAGCCUGGUCUUUACCUUUAAUAAGCCUUUGAUCCUGAGGCCAGAGCCCCUGGGGCUGAUGCAUGUGAAUGUUAUCAUUUCAGCCAGGAAGGAUGAAUUCUUGCAGCAACGUCUGUGGGUCCAAACAGGCACAGGCUGCUGGCGAGGGCGGGUACCAACGCUAUGGAGUCCGCUCCUAUCUGCAUCAGUUUUAUGAAGACUGUACCACCUCAAUCUGGGAGUAUGAGGAUGAUUUCCAGAUCCAGAGAUCACCAAACAGGUGGAGCUCAGUAUUCUGGAAGGUUGGACUCAUCUCCAGCACAGUCUUCGUGAUUCUCGGACUGACUGUUCUGGCAGUGGGCUUUCUUGUGCCCCACAAAAUCGAAGCCUUUGGAGAAGCAGAUUUUGUGGUGGUCGACACACAUGCUGUCCAAUUUAACGGAGCCCUUGACAUGUGCAAGCUGGCAGGAGCUGUGCUCUUCUGCAUUGGGGGCACAUCCAUGGCAGGGUGCCUGCUGAUGUCGAUGUUUGCCAAAAACUACUCCAAAGAAGAAAAAUUCCUGCAGCAAAAGUUUAAAGAGCGAAUCGCGGACAUCAAGGCUCACACUCCACCCGUGACAAAAGCUCCAGGCCCAGGGGAAAUGAAAAUACCAGUUACGUUGUCCAGGGUUCAAAAUGUCCAACCCGUAUCAGCAACCUGAACCAUCCCCCCAUGAAGUCCUCCCCUCUCUAAUUUAUGCACAUGGUUACAAUGGAGCAGGUCAGCUUUUGAAGUGAUGGAGGUUUGGGGUUGAUUUGCCCCAGGGCUGUGCUCAGCUGUGGGCAGUAUAGGGCGUGAGCUCAACUUUGCUCAGCUCAGUGGCUCUGGUGAAGGUGGAUGCCAUGUGUAAACCUCUGCACAGGCACCUAGCUGCUUAGAGGGUGCUUCUAUGUGCCCACCGGGAGUCCUCUGACACUCUUCUCUCAUAGAUUGUGACUUAGUGUCAUUUUCCGUGUUAUUGGAAAACACUGAACAGUUUAGACCAGCCUACCAAUCGCUAACGUGGCCCAUUUUAUUUUUAAUAUUAGUUUUUCUAAUAUUCCCUUUGUGGUGCUGUUUUCCAUUCCUGUCUCACUACGUGUAAGAUAUCGUCAUAUGUGUUCUUAGAAAAAUGAAGUUCCCUGGUUUUGACCGAAACAUUAGUCUUUUAACUGCUUAACAUGAGGUUCUUGAGAUUGGAUAUAAAUUUUUCUGAGUUCUCCAUAAAUCUUUUUUUUCUUUAGUUUUUUUGUUUGUUUGUUUUAAUUUAAAGAACUAAAAUUGCCAACGUUAGAAUCUUGGGAAAGAAGUUAAUGUUGGGAGUAUUAUUUAUUUACAUAAUGUCCAAAAGCACUGAAUUAGAAGCCAAGAACUUUGAGUUCCCACUACUGACUAGCUGUCUGACCUUGGGGAAAUCAUUUAACUUUCCAAGUCUCGGUUUCUCCAUCUGUAUAAUGGAAAUUCUGGACUACGAUGUUUGAGAUUCUUUUUUUGCCAUGUGUCAUCAUGUCUCACCCCCAAGGAUGUUUACGAUGUUCUGUGGGCCUCAUCACUGUGGGGUUCUUUCAGACCUGGACUCCAGGAGCGCUGCCCGGUUGCAGCCUUCAUCCACCUACCCUUAAAUAUCCAAUCCCAGCAGUUUAUAUGAUGCUGCCAUGUUUUUAUAAAGACAAAAAUAAGCCAUUCUCAAACAAGAAGCCCCCAAGCAGAUAUUAACCUUAAAAAGGGUUUUCUUUCUCCAAUAAGACAUUUUAUUCUCCGGUAAGAUGUUCGCCUCAUCCCUUUGCACUUUUAUUUAAUCUGUGGAUUUAAAUGGACUGAGGAAAAUGGAAGAUGUGACCUUGGUAUUCUCUCAGAAUUUGUUCUCCUUCAUGUUCUGUCUUUUUCUUUUUUUCUUCCUUCACUGGAUAAAUAAAAUAUGUGAACGAGUGGAACCUGAAUUGCAUUGUCAUUCCUUCAGUGUGGCUAUUUUCUCUCCAACAUGUAAUUUUCCAUUCUGAGGCUGAAUAAGCUCUGAUGUUCCCCUGGCUUAAAUGGAGGGAUAAAUGAAGCAAUUAGUGCUCUGUGUGCACACUGCUUAUUUUGCCCAGUCCAGCAUAAAACACAGGGCAAAUUGGCCUCCCUCAACAGAGAUCAUUGGCCAGAUUUGGGAGACAUUAUUCCAGUUUUCUCAGAUUUUCUACCUUCCUAUAGAAAUACAACUUAAUUUUAUUUUUUGAAGGCUUCUAUAAGCCUCCAAGCUUCUGUUCAAGGCAAUAGCAUUUGAAGCUUUCCAUGCUUGCUUUUGUGCUGUGCACCAGUGAAUCUCUGAGGAUAAGACUUGACUUUUUAAAAGCCUCCAGAAUGAAAAAUAAUGGCUGCAGGGUAUGGGAACUUUUAGAUAGAGGCAUGAUAGCAGCCAUAAAAAAAAAGCAGCUCUA